GGUCUUCUGAACCCAAUCGCGCCUGUCUUUCUGUUCAACCGGCAAAUACAAACCGAAAAGACUGUAUCUAAGGAGAUUCUCUUUCAGCAGGAAAAAGCAAAGUUGGUUUCAGCAACCCAAUAACGUUUACUAAUAUAAUAUUCCGAGUACGAGUUAACAUUCAUAUUAAUUUAGUAAACGUGGAUUUAUCGUGUGACUGACCAGAAACAACAACUUCUGUUACCAUACAUUUGCAAAAGAUUCAAUUUCAGAUAUUCAGUCUAUUAGAUAAAGAAGAUGGCAACAGGAGAUCUGAAAGGGUGUCUUCGAAAGCUUCACCAACAACUUCGCUCUCUGAACUAUGACAAAGAUGUAGAUUAUGCUGGUCUAGCAAGAGGAGAUCCUGCUUCCUUUUUACCAAUCGUGAGCCACGCAUUCAUUUCUUAUUCCUCAUAUUUGGCUGACUAUCUUGUUGGAUGUAGAGUGGAACUCGCAGGAAAGAAUGAUAUACGUUUUGUUGAAACUGUCUAUAAGGUGCUGCGGGACCAGUUUCAUUAUAAACCAGUUUUAUCAAAGCAGCAGAUUCUCCAGUGUGGAUAUGCAGAAAGAAAGAUCAACAUUCUUUGUGACAUUAUCAGCCUUGUGACAAAGAAGCACAAGGAACUGGCACAUCUUGAUAAGGCUAAGGUCCAGCCAAAGAAGAGAGUGUUUGCCUCCUCUAGUGUUCAGCCACAGACACAAAUCGUGUUUCCUGAAACUUUACAGCCUACAAACUUGAAAACAAAAUCUUUUGUGGAAAAACAUUUGCCAGUAAGCCUUUCUGUAAAUAUACAGGCACCUUCAUCCUCAGUGAGUUGUGACUCCGAGGGUUCCGAUAAUGAUUCCUGCACAUUUGAGGAAGAUAUUAAUACAGAACAAUUGGUGCAAAAAGCUGCAAAUGAACAUGUCCAGUUAAAGUCCCUGGAACACCAGCUUGCUGAAUGUCAGAACAAGCUACAAAAACUUUUAGUGAUGGAGGAAAGACUCAAGGCUGUCGAACAAGAGAUGACAGGAAAAGUGAUUAUAGAUAGGAAGGACUGGAACAACCUUGUAAGCAGAGUCGUUUUACUUGAAACAGAGUUAAUUUUACGCUCCAGAAAGGUAAGUUUAAUGGCCAUCUUUACAUUAGUGUUCUUUUCAGAGUGGAUAAAGUGCUAUUUUCAGAGUGGAUAUAGGUUGGACAACCGGAUCUCUAAAGUGCGAUAUACAGACGUAUGCACUCCUCUCCCCCAGCUAAUCUCUCAGUGGGGAAAUGUUACAAAGUCGAGAUCUGAGACGCCAGAGAUCAAUCAUCAUAACUCGUCUGGAUAUAGCUCAGUCCUAUCCACAGACACAUCUCCUAACGCCACUAACAUUAAUUAUCUUGUUUGGACAGAAGUUUCAAAGGCUACUACAAAAGAAAGACUGACAAGAAUAAGCACAAUGAUGAAAGAAACUGAAGACUUGCUGAAGUGUAAAGAAAAUCCUUCUUAGAUCCAUAAUCAGCCUUCUCGCGUUGAGUAAUAUGCAUUGUUUGGGAAUAAGGUUUGAAGUACAUAGUUAUUAUAAGUACAUACAUAAAUUCUAUUGUCUAGCAUAAAUAAACAAGAUUUUUAAUGUGCAUCCCUUGUUGUAUGAUUUUAAAUUAGUUUUCUUAAUCAUUACUCAUUUGUUAUUAUGAGUUACACUUUCAUCAAAAAAACAAGUUUCACAUUUUGAGAGAUUAAUAAAAAAUAAAAGCAUUGCACGAAAGGUAACUUACGAUUAUAAGUCCACUCCCCUAAUAUCUCUGCAGGUUGAAAGUGGCUUCUUGUGCAUUUUGUGGCACACAAGUUUACUAUAAUAAUGGCCUGUCCUUUGAUGGUAGUGUGUUGGAAGAUUAAAUGACAGAAAAUGUAAAAGGAAUCCAGGUGUCCUUUAACAUUUUUAGAAUUGAUUUUUCAUUGUUUAUUUUGUGGAGGCCACUAAUUGUAGUAAAUAGAUGUUAAUUGGAAGUUUCCAGAACCAUGCUUUGAUUAGUAUUUAUUUAGGUAUUUUUGGUGCCCCCUUCUGAUGAGUAUAGAGAAUGUGAAAAUUGUUGAUAUUCAUUUUUACUUGAAAUUUUAAGGCCCUAUACAAAGUAGGUACU